AAAUGAGUAUAGUUUGGCGUUUUGAGUUUCAAAUAUGUAUCUUUGAUAUAACCCUAAAUGGCGAUUGGCGCGGAGAUAAAAUUCUGUGUGUUAAAACCCUAAUUAUUGUUUUUGCUCCAUUCAAGCUCAAUCAAAACUCUGAAACUUUACAUACUUGGAGUGCGUACUAGCAAUGGCGGAUCCUAGUUUACCUGCCACAACUAACAUUGACUAUAUCGACGAAGACGAAAGAAAUGAAGCCGAUGUACACAUUUUCAUAGACGAAGAAAGCGAAAACGAUGACGAAGAUCAAUCACUAGGCAUGGAAGAUCUAUCAGUAAGCGAGGAUGAAGAAGAUCUAUCAGUAAGCGAGGAUGAAGAAGAUUUAUCAGUAAGCGAGGAUGAAGAAGAUCUAUCAGUAAGCGAGGAUGAAGAAGAUUUAUCAGUAAGCGAGGAUGAAGAAGAUCAAUCACUAAGAGAGGAUGAAGAAGAUCAAUCACUAAGCGAAUAUGAAGAAGAUCUAUCAGUAAGCGAGUAUGACGAAUAUCAAUCACUAAGCGAGGAUGGCGAAGAAGAAGACGAAGAAGAUCUAUCAGUAAGCGAGGAUGGCGAAGAAGAAGAAGAUCUAUCAGUAAGCGAGGAUGACGAAGAAGAAGAAGAAGAAGAGCAAGAAGAGGAUAUCGUGGGUGGUGGCGGUGGAGAUAGUGUUGUUUUUGUGGAAGAAAAACAGGCAUGUGAGAUGGGUGGGAAUGGAGGAGAGGCGUCCUCAUCACAGGCUGGGUCUACAGGCGGGGGACUCUGUAGAAGCGAAUUGGACUCUUGCCCUAUUUGUUUGGAUGCAUUUCACAGUGACGGCGACCAUCAAAUCUGUUGUCUUCCUUGUGGGCAUUUAUAUGGUUUGUCCUGCAUCAAGAGAUGGCUGAAAAAACAUAAACAAAAGUGUCCUCAAUGCAACAAAAUAUGCACGUUGAAAGAUGUGAGGAAAAUUUAUGGACAAGCAUUUGUGGUUGAUCAGGAAUUAGUACAAAAAUCUCAGUAUCUCGAAGCUAAAUGCACUUACCUUGAGAAGGAUCUUGAUUGGGAAAGGAAAGAGUUCGAGCAGUUACAUAGUGAAUUACAAGUUGAGUCGAGGAAAAUAAAACAAUUGGAGUCUCGAAUACAGGAACUUGAGACACAAAGAUUAAGUGAGACACAAAGAUUAAGUGAGACACAAAGAGAGUUUAAAAGAGAGUUUGAAAGAAAGUUUGAAAGUCAUAGAGAAGAAAUCCAGAACCAGCUAUCGACGAUUAUGGCGAGAUAUCCUCCACCUCCGGAUCAGUUUGGUAUAUGAUAUUAUUUAGAACUAGUUUUAUCUUUUAGAACUUUGACUAGUAUAUGAUGAAUCUUUGGAUGACUGAAUUUUUUGAUGAACUGAGAUUUUGGUUUA